AAUUAGAAAUAUAUUAAGAAAAAAAGGCUCUUCCAGGGACCGCUCGAUACCUAUGUAUUGUUGCAGUGCACAGGAAAGUAAAAUGGACUAUAAGCGGCGCUUUUUGCUCGGCGGGUCCAAGCAGAAAGUGCAGCAGCACCAGCAGUACCAGAUGCCCGAGCUGAACCGGACCCUCAGCGCGCCGUUGGGCUCCUCUUGCUCCGCGCCCUCGCCCCUCUCCUCCUCCUCCUCCUCCUCCUCCGGGGUGGGCUCCCCCGCCGGCUGCCACGCGCCCUCCGCGGGCGCCGCCAUGGCCGUGGCCGACAUCCAGCAGGGCAUCUCCAAGUACCUGGACGCGCUCAACGUCUUCUGCCGAGCCAGCGCCUUCCUCACCGACCUCUUCAGCAACGUGUUCAGGAACUCUCACUAUUCCAAAGCAGCUAUGCAACUGAAGGAUGUGCAGGAGCACGUGAUGGAGGCGGCCAGCCGGCUUACGGCAGCAAUAAAGCCCGAGAUCGCCAAGAUGCUGAUGGAGCUGAGCGCCGGAGCCGCCAGUUUCAAAGACCAGAGCGACUUCAGCCUGCAGGACGUGGAGGUGCUGGGCCGCUGUUUCCUGACGGUCAUGCAGGUGCAUUUUCAGUUCCUGUCGCAGGCCCUGCAGAAGGUGCAGCCCGUUGCCCAGUCCUGCCUGGCGGAGGCCCUCGCCCAGGUGCAGGAGCGCUGCAGCAAUGCUCGACCCCACAGCACUGGCCCUGGGACACUGUCAGAGCUGGAGGAGGCCUCCAGGUCAUGGAAAGGUGCAUCUGAGGCUACAGCGAGACUGAGGGAGAGAGGGCGGGACGGCUGCUUGGCGGGAAUCCAAGUUCAGCAGCUCUUCUGCUCCCACAACACCACCAUCCCCGAACACCAACUAAAGGAGCUCAACAUGAAGAUAGACAAUGCUUUGCAGGCAUACAAGGCAGCGUUAGACAGUCUGGGCCAUAGUGAGUAUGCGCUCAAGGCUGGCUUCCACCUCAAUCCCAAAUCUGCUGAAGCUGCUUUACAGGGAUGUUGCAGUGAAGCCGAGGCCCAGCAGGCAGGCAGGAUACAGACCACUUCUCAACCGCUCCAGUGUGAACUGCCCACUAUUCCGGUCCAGAUCGGCUCCCACUUCCUCAAAGGAGUGUCCUUCAACGAGUCAGCAUCAGACAACCUCAAACUCAAAACGCAUACCAUGCUGCAGCUCAUAAAGGAGGCCCUGGGACAGAACGGGGUGACCCCGCGAGAUGACUCUCCAGUGGCAGAGGUCCUGAACCAGGUGUGUCCAUCCAGCUGGAGGGGGGCCUGCAAGACAGCCGUCCAGCUCCUGUUCGGUCAGGCAGGACUGGUCGUCGUUGACACGGCUCAGAUUGAAAACAAAGAGGCCUAUGCCCCCCAGAUCACGCUGGAGGGGUCCAGGGUUGUGAUCCAGGUUCCCUCUACAUGGUGCCUGAAGGAAGAUCCUGCCACCAUGUCCCUCCUGCAGCGAAGCCUUGACCCAGAGAAGACCCUGGGCCUGGUGGACGUGCUCUACACCUCCAUCUUCGACCUCAACAGAUGGAAAGAGCGAAAGGAACAGGCUUUGCCCACCAUCCAGAUGCAGUUGCAGCGCGAUAGCUCUGACUACGGGGUGCAGGCGGACCUCCCCCCCGGGAACAGCUCCAAAGCAUCCAGCGGCUUGCCCAAAACCAUCUCCAAGCUCACUUCCAAGUUCACCAAGAAGACCUCCUCCAACACCAGCAGCGGGGGCAGCUUCUCCAUUCCCAGCACCCCCUCCCGCAGCAUGCUGGCUGGCGGCGGCAGCGGCCCCGAGGAGAAGCCGAAGGGCCUGGGCGGGGCCGCCGAUGGGCGACUGCACAGUCUCCUGCAGAUGAGUAGCAUGCCCUGCACGCCGGAGCCCAGCCAAUCCCAGAUAGCCAACGGCUCGGUCCCCGACGACCAAGGCAUGAACCUGCCCACUGACCAGGAGAUGCAGGACGUCAUCGACUUUCUCUCCGGUUUCAACAUGGGCAAGUCCCAGCAAGCCUCGCCUUUGGUCAAGAGGAGGAACUCGGUGGCGUCCACCAACGCGUCCGACCUGAAGCCCCCUACCGGUGCGCCCCCGACCUCACAGACUAUGACUCACAGUACUCUGCAGCCAUUGGUCCAAACUCUGACCCAGCAGCAGAAACAACAACAACAACAACAACAACAGCAGCAGCAACACGCUGUACCCAAGCCACAGCAACAAACACAGCCACAGCAACAACAACAACAACAACAACAACAGCAACAACAACAGCAACAGCAGCAGCAGCAGCAGGCCCAAGCCUCUCCCCAGACCCUGCAGUACUACCAGCAUCUCUUACAGCCCAUUGGUCAACAGCAACAACAACAACAACAACAACAGCAACAGGUUUCCCCCCAGCUCCCCUCGCAGCCGCCCCCGCCGCAGCCCCUCCCCCAGCAGAGAGUGCCAAGCAAGUGGCCGAGCGGCCCCAGCCAGCAACCCCCCCAGGCCCCGCCCGCCGGCAUCUCCCCGAUCGGGCACAUAGGCCAGUGGGGGACGCCGGGUCUUCCGGACCUGAGCUCGGACCUGUACAGUUUGGGCCUCGUCAGCACCUACAUGGACAGCGUUAUGUCGGAGAUGCUGGGGCACAAGCCCCAGGGCCCGCGGAACAACACCUGGCCCAACAGAGACCAAAACGAAGGUGUGUUUGGGGUGCUGGGAGACGCUCUGCCCUUUGACCCAGCAGUUGGCUCGGAUCCAGAGUUUGCGCGGUACGUGGCCGGGGUCAGCCAGGCCAUGCAACAGAAACGGCAAGCCCAGCACGUCCGUCGCCCCGGCAAUGCCCGCGGCAACUGGGCCGUCCCGGACGAGCAGCACAGAGCCUGGUCUCACCCCGAGUACUACAGCGAGGGGGAGGCGGUCAACAGCAGCUGGUCGGCCAAUCAGGGCGACUCGGCCAGUUCCAGCGACGAGACGUCCUCAGCGAAUGGGGACAGCUUAUUCUCCAUGUUCUCUGGGCCUGACCUUGUAGCAGCUGUCAAACAGAGAAGGAAACACAGCUGUGGAGAACCAGAGGUGUGUACUUUGCCUUCUCCACCUCUGCACCACACUGGGGAAGAUAACAACCAGGACAGCAAGACGAAAACGUGGCCGCCCAAGGCCCCCUGGCAACACUCCUCCCAUACCAACACCAUGCCCAAUCCAGGCUCUUCCUUGUACCACAUGACCAUCCCUUCCACCCAGUGGAACGACUCCAUUCAGAUGCUCCAGUCUCCCGUGUGGUCCACGGCCAGCGACUGCUCUCCGUCGCCGGGGAUCUCCCCUGGCUUCCCUUUCGGCCAGCAGCAGCCGCAGCCGCAGUCGCAGUCGCAGCAGCAGCAGCAGCAGCAGCAGCAGCAGCAGCAGGCCUCGCAGCACAAAGCCCUCAGCAGUAAAGGUUUUAAGCCUUUCCCGCUCAAACACGAGCUCAGGCCCUCCUUCCUUCACCAGUACUGACCAAUCACAAGGCUCGGCUGUCUCCAGCGGGGCCUGACAGACAAGCGCUGUUAGUCAGUACUGUGUCAGCGAUGGCUUGGGAUUAUAAACCUGUGUUUGAAAUUCCCUUUUUUGUUUUUGUUUUUUUUUCUUUUCAUCAUCAGCUGUUCAGUAAGCCGUGAUCACGUAGCCCUGUCGGCACCAAAAAAAAGAAUUAAAAUCCCUCGACCUGUACUUUUUGAAGAGUUUUUAAACGAGUGCGUUUGUAGGCAGUUUACGUCAGUUCUGCGGUCAUGGCUGAACAUUCUGUUUAGAUUGUUUAGAUCCAGUUCAGUUAAAUGCC